CCACAAUAAGAUGUUCGAUUCUCCUUCCUUCUCUGCCCUAGAUUUGGCUACCUGGACACUGAUCCCAUGCCAAAAACAUUGCUCUGCCAUGCAUGAUUACAAUCUAGAAAGCUAAAGCCAACAUUAUCUUGUCGUUAUAACUUUAGAUGGGUUUGUAAACGACGUUGAGGCUUAUAAAUAAUGUUUUUUUCUUUCUCGUGAGCAGACUUUACCGAAUGUCCUUAGUCUUUUCGGUCUUCGUACUUUCUAGAUUUCCUACCCGAUAGUAGUGAGGGUCAAUAUCUACUUAGUAAACGGGUGAUAUUUGCCUCCCUACAUGUUCCUGACGAUCUCUACCCUUUCUUCUGACGCUCAAGUGCCUACAUCAAGACGAGACCACCGCCACAAAAACCGUUCCGACCCCCUUCAUACCCCGCGUGGCCUUCGAUUUCUGGCCGAUAGACCGUCAACUUGAGAUUAGACCUUAUCUUUACAAAUCUUUAGCGCUGCCUCAUUCUAUAUUUUGUUCGCAACCCAUUCAACAAUUCUUCGAUAUUCUACAGCUCGACAAAGACAUUCUGACAGGAAAGCAAUCCACAUAUAUUUCAACUGGCUGGAACCUUGGCAUCGGGAUAAUUUCACAGCUUCUCUGUACUACAUUGCCUGUCCUUGUUGAUCGACUGCAUCCAAACAUCCCGUCAUUGUUCUAUGCCCUUCCUCAUCCUGGUUUUGGACAGCUGCUUUAACUUCUAUCAACCUCUACCGAACGAGCCACGAUUGGACCCUUGUUUUUGCCUCCUCCACACAAUCUGAUCAGCUUCCCAUCGUGUAAUCUCGAAGUACUGCCACACUCGCUACAAACUUUAUAUCGACUUUUACCACCCGGGUUCGAUUUGGCCUCGGACUCAAAGCUUCCUUCUGGACACUGUGUUAUACUAUCUUUAUUGUAAUUGAGUUUUCCGCAUCAACUCCUCUUCCACCAACGAGUCACAACAAAUCACCAUUUUGUUCAUUCACUAUACUUACAUUGCACACUUGCCUCAUACUUCAGUGAGUGAUUGAUCGGGGUUAUCAUCAGAGCAACCAACCAUAAAUCCAUGGGAGACUCAUCAGUUGUCGGGUCCAGAUCAAACGAUGGCGGAUUCCCAGAUACUUCACAGGUUCUAAGACAAGAUGCUGCGCAGAAUCCAGGAACAGAGUCUCAACAGGAUAGCUCAAGGAAAGCUUCGAACAGACCCUCGCAGUUGACUAGCACUCCAUCGAACUAUGCCCCGAACUUGGCGUAUUCUCAACAUCCUAUGUCGCAUGCAACACCGGAAUCUUUCAACAUGACAACACUUAGUGUUACGCUUCCAGAUAUGUCUUACCAGAACUAUGGCCAACGAUUUCCUCAAAGCCCCGGCGCUCCACUGCCUUUUAUGUAUCAGACGCAUUUUGCAAACCAAGGCAUCUUGAGUCCUCCACCCACCGCUUCGUCAUACAGUACCCCAUACCAGACGCAAUAUGGAGGUUAUGCGUCCAAUCAGCAAAUGCACCAACAGCACAUGCAUAUGGCCGCCACCAACCAUCAGUUCUAUGUUGGUCAAGGAUACAUGGGACAACCGCAUCAACAACCGCAACAAUACCAAGCAGGGUCGCAAUAUUAUAUACAACCUGGUAGUUAUGGACAGCAAGGCCAAAUUUAUACAGGAAAUCAGAUGGGAGUGCAAUAUCCACAGCGCGGUAGUUUCUCUGGGGAAAAUAGACCUAUGUCACAACACCGCAAUGAUUUAUUCGUCAAUGUGACGGGUCAGGUCGGGAAGUCGAAUAGCGUUGUCUCUAGUCCAACACAAUCAUCAGUCGUCAGAGGACCUCCACGAAAGCCCCGUCAAAGUGGACACGCGAUCUGGAUCGGCAAUUUACCACCCCAGACAGAUCUCAUGAGCCUCGUCCUUCACGUUUGCAAAGAGACUGUUGGCCUUGAGUCACUAUUUUUGAUAUCCAAGAGUAACUGCGCUUUUGCAAAUUUCAAGGAUGAGGCUGCAUGUGUCGCAGCGCAACUGAAGAUCCAUGAUUCGAGAUUUCAAACUGUACGACUUGUCAGUCGUUUACGGAAAGCGUCCAUUGGGACCGUCGGGGGUGUCUCUGUUCCAACAGGCCCAGCAGCUUUGACAGUUCCACAGUCAUCACCAAUCCCGUCGAUUGAUUCGGAAAAUGAGAAGGUUUCAAAAGCAGCUGAUGAAAAGGCACAGGACCCAGACAGGGAUUCUCCACCUCUCACAAAGGAUAAAUUCUUCGUGGUCAAGAGUCUUACGGUUGAGGAUCUAGAAUUAAGCGUGCGAAAUGGGAUUUGGGCAACUCAGACACAUAAUGAAGAAGCUUUGAAUAAGGCAUACCAGGCAGCAGAUAAUGUCUAUCUCAUAUUUUCAGCGAAUAAAUCGGGCGAAUAUUUUGGGUACGCACGCAUGAUCUCACCCAUCAACGAGGACCCAGCAGCAGCCAUUGAAUUUGCGCCCAAGGCUCAGGCGGUCGAAGAUCCCGAUCUUCCCAAAGCAAUCUCAACGCCAGCAUCUGAAUUUGCACCCAAAGGACGCAUUAUCGAUGAUUCAGCUCGUGGAACAAUUUUCUGGGAAGUCGAGCACGACGAUUCUGAAGACGUAGAGGAAGAUGAUAGAUCUCAAAGUGGCAAGAGCGAUGUGGAAGGCGAUGCGCCGUCAAAGGCCUGGGGUAAACCCUUCAAGCUUGAAUGGAUAUCGACGACUCGAUUGCCAUUCUAUCGUACACGCGGACUUCGUAACCCGUGGAAUUCAAAUCGCGAAGUGAAGAUCGCGAGGGAUGGGACUGAGUUGGAAACGAGUAUUGGAAAGAGAUUGGUGGGGCUUUUUCAUAGGGUUCCAAGUCCUGUUGUGCCCAGUUUGCCUCAGAUGCAGGGAAUGCCAAUGCCGAUGCCGGUGCCCAUUCAAAUGAUGCCUCCGGGUGGAUAUCAACAGAUGCGUUCUUAUAAUUAAGAUGAAAAGGGACGUUGAUGUGGGUAUCAAUCAGAUUGGGUGUGGAAAAUGACGUGGGAAAAGUCUCUUCAAUUUUUGUGUUCAUUUUUCGUGUUGGCUCGGGCGCCCUGCCCUUCUUCUUUGAAGUUCUUUCAUUGUAUGCAUGCAUGCUGGAUAACGCACGUUAACAUUCUCUUUUGAUAUGAAAGCUUUUGGAUCGAUGCGAAUCAUGCGAUGCAGACGACUUACGAGUCACGAUUAUCACAAAAGCACAACAUUGAGGUUAAUAUUUCAGAAAGAGUCGGAUUGCUUGGCGAGGCGUCACACGAGUGUUGAGCGAGCGAGCGAGUCUUGCGAUGAUGAUUUUGGUUUCGUAUCUUUGCGAUUUUGUGGCAUGUCUGUAUACAUACAUGUAGCCAUGUUGUAUUAGCCAGGUUCUCAUGUAGUUAUUAUCUAGAAACCCCUCAAAUAUUUCACUGCAAAUCCAUUCAAUUUGCGACAUUCCUCGUUCAACUCCCUAUGUCUCUACUUCAAUUGUUUACCUGCAUUCAUUCAUUCAUUCAUACCCAAAACUAAUUUCUCAAAGGCAUUACCCAAAAAAGUUUCUUCGGCAAAAAAGAAAAAAGAUGUUGAAAUUUGCCACCCUACACUACCUAGGUAGGUAUCCAUAGACAAUAUCAUCCAUGCACCUAAGAGUCUUCCCCGCCAAGUUGUAUUACCUCCGCUCCGGCAUUUCGCCAAACUCAAACUCAAAAUCAAACACGAUGACAAAGACGUAAAGAUCAGACCAUUUUUUUCAGAAAGCUUAUAAUCAAGACGGAAUAUACCGAUGAGAUGAACAAAAACAUAAACUUUAUCGAAUAGGAAGGACCAUCGAGAUGCUUCAUAAUUGCAUGAACGAAUCGUAAAUCGCAGUCAGAUGUCAAUUUAAAUUCGAAAUGUAGGUAAUGCAUGUGGCGAAUUUCCCCUCUUAUCAAAUACAUUACGACGGAGAAUAAGAUGUGGCUGUGAUUGUGUAUAUCUGGGAGGGGAAGGGAUUUGCAAUUUGUGAGAUUUAAGAGGGCAUGUAGGUACACGCAUGUGAUCACUAGGUAUGGGUGUGCGA